AUGGCAGAGCGGAGUGCGCAGGAUGUGGUAAACCAAACUCGGUCGGCGGGCGACGCAUCGCCUUCCGACGCACCUGUGCCCACAUCCACACCUGAUAUCAAAGUCUUUGGGGACGCUACCACUAGUGCCGAGGAGGCUACUUCGAAGGAGAAUGGAGUUCAUACACUGGCCAAUGUCAAGGCGGAGGACCUCGAAGAUGCUUCAGCGCGAUCCGACACCGAUACCAGCCGUGCAGAUGGGAGUGUCGCCGGUGACAAGGUUGCCGAGUCCAAGCCUUUCAAGAAGCUCACAGCCAAACCCGUUAGCUUUGCAAAGUACUCAGUCCCCAAGGUUAUUGCUGCCAGUGCAGCGGCCAAAGGUCUCGACAAAGCUGCAACGCCGACCUCGUCGACUGCGUCAAUCUCACAGGCCGGACGUCCACGUUUGGUUGCCAAAACUACCAGUACCCUGCAAUCCUCAUCGAAGCCAUACAAGACCGCCUCGCCAGACCCGAUGCAAGUGUGGAACAAGAACAGAGCCACACCACAACCGUCGACGAAGCAUUUGACCGAUGAAGAGCUUAAGCAGCAGUACGGAAUUCAUUUGACGUCGCGGAUACAGGCAGAUGGUGAUGGAAAAGAGGCAAAAUGGGCGGACAUUGAUGACGACGAAGAUGACUGGGCUCCGGAAACUAUCGAAUGGAAUGAUGGCACCAAGAGCACCUUGACUCCCGCUGAAGCGGCUCCACAGGCAGCUCAGAAGCCUACGACGUCUUCUGCCGAGACGGCGGAGAAGUCAGAGCCUGCAGCACCUCCAAAGAUAACAGCUCCACAUUUUGCCAGCUCUGUCGGUCCUAAUGCCACUGUUCUCAAACUCGGUGCAAGUGCGGAAAGACAUCAAGCACAGAAGGCGACUCUCCAGUCCAAGGGCCCUUCAGAGAGACCCUCGUUCCUUUCUUCAAAAUCGGGCCCUGCUCCUACACCAGCGAAAUCUCCAUGGGCACCAUUACCUCCCGUCGAGAAGGUUUCGCCAGUCGCCAUCAACCCGCAGAUGUCCAUGCCUCCACCGAACCGCAUGCCUCCGAGUCACGCCCAUAACCAAGAGCCACCGUCCAUGGCGGCUCCAUCCCCAGCGCAAGAAAUCUCGGCAGAUGACUUCAAUCGAACCUGGCGCGAGUCACAGCCAGGCCAUCCCCGCGAGCUUUACAUGCCAAAUUCUGGACGUUAUGAAGCCGUUCCCGACAGGCGAAGACGUAUGUCUCGAAACGAUCAAAACUUCAGAGCUCCUGCCGUUUUACAACGACCGAGUCACACUGAUCCCCAUGCUCCGGCUGAGCCAUCAGCUGCGUUCCAAACUCACCGCACAAGCACUGAUCAAGCGCGGCGCAGAGCUUCUUCCACUGUUUCUGGCGGAAGUGGACAGUUCGGCCGCCGAAUGUCUAUCCGAUCGGGCGAGGCAGCGCCUCCCGUAUUCGAAACGCGCGAACAGGAGCAGAAGCCUAGCAUGCCUCCGCCUUCCACAGAAGAACCGCCUGCGCCUAGUCAACCACCAACCUAUCAAGCUCACGGCACCGGUGAGCCGAGCACCGCAGGACCAGUUCCCGCUGCUGGUGUAGACUUUGAGGCUCAACGUGCCCAGCAGAGAGCGUUGAUGAGAGAAAAGGUUGAACUGGCCCGCAGACGUAAGAUUGAGGAAGAGCAACGAUUGGAGGCAGAGAAACAGGAGCGCAUCCGUGCGAAGCUAGCCUCACUUGGUCUCGAUCCUGAUCUUCCGAAGAAAAAGACCGAGAACAAGGAUACCGAAGAGAGGAAAGAACCUGAGCAGCCUCCUGUCCCCGCUCCGAGCGCACCUCCGGCCGCUGCAGUCACCCAUUCGCCACCGAAACCGCCUCAGCCGCUUGCUUCUGGCGAACCUCAGCAAUAUGGAAUGAUGAAAGUCCACCCCAUGGAUUCGGUCAAGAAGUUGGGCACUUCGAUCUCUCGGCCUGUCGAGUCCCAGCGUUUGCCUUCCCGAACAAAGGUUGAAUCCAGCCCAACCCAGGAGCCACAUCCGGAAACCACUCAAGCACCUUCUCCCCUUGCGAAUGGCGUGCGAGGACUGGGUCCCGAGAUGCGACGGACAAGCGGCCAAGAAGCAGUUGAUACCGCCGAACCGAGCCCUAAAUUACCCAAGCCGAGCUCAGUUACGAGUGAUGCUAGAAGUGGUUGGGGAGACGUGCGGCACGAUCAUCGCCAACCGCAGACAGGUAAUCUUUGGGGGCUGCCCAACAACAAGUCGCUGGGUAAUGGUACUUUUGACCAAGGUCUAGCAGGGUAUGCUCCACAGGAUCUGUCGCGUACCUCUUCCACGACGCAAGGUUGGAUGAACAACAGAACACCUCACGCUGGUCGCUCGCCGCAGACCCAAUAUGUAAACCACGCUCCGCUUGCAGACAGCAGGUCUUUUCCAUACCAGUCUGUGGCUUCUCCCGAUCAGGGUUCUCUGGCCGUCGACAGCGAAGUCGACUCUCUUUUGCCAACCACCAAACCGGCGCCCAUUGCUCCUCCACAAUCUCAGCCAUCUUCUGCGAACAACGGUUUCCAGAACAACAAUCGACCUCAGGCCCUAGAUGCCUGGAGCAAUUUCCACCAGGUUGCCAGGCAACAGGAACGUGCGGAAGACGACAAAUUUCAUCGAGAUUUGAUGGCUCGUCGCGAGGAAGAGGCGCGAACAGGUAUUCGGCAGGGGCCUCAAUAUUCCUUCAACGAGACAUGGAAGCAGGUGCAUGUUGGUGAUUCGGCCGAACAACGACACAUUGCAAACAUCUCUCAGUCUGCCGUGCCAGCCUCGACUGCUUUUGGCGCCGUGAGAUCAUCGCUGCCUGGCGGAGAUAUUGGUGCGAGGACGAUCACAGCCCCAGGCGGUCGGGGAUCGAGAUUCUUUCCACACCACGUUGGGGGUCAUCACGCUCAAGAUCGACGGGCGUUUACUUAUAGUCACCCAGAGCCACCAAGAACACCAUCGCCACCGCCAGCCGAAGAGUACUCUAGUCUACAUCCAGCAUUCGACGGUGACUCUGCCAAACCUGUUGUCCAUUUCCCGCGCGAAAAAGCUGUGGUCAAGCUACCACCAGCUCUCCCGCCGACCCCACCAAGUCCCGAGGAACCCCAGACCACAGGUGCUGCCGAUGCUGCUCCCAUGACAUGGGCCGCAAGGGUAUCAAGGCCGCCUCCAUCUGGUCCGUCAGCUUCCGGCUCUGCGCUUCGUACCGUCUCUACUCCUAUUGUACAGAAUCCAUCAUGGCAAGAACGAUUUAAUGGAUUGUUGGGGAAGAAAUCUUCUCCUGUGAGAGAAGCAACCCAUCCCGUGGAUGCUCGUCUUGCCGUGACUUCAUCGACACGAGAGCCUUUGGAGGUACAGCAUUCUCAGAUCAAAUCUGCCGCCUCGGUGUCUCUCCCCUCCCAUACGGAGCCGGAAUUUGUGGCUAACGGAGAUGAUUCUUUCGCAACCACCAAAAAUGUGGAGGAUGAGGACGACCUGUUUGAAGACAGAGAGCCAGGCUCGCUACCGGUCAUCCACUUUCCCAAGGAAACCCCGAUGAUACUGCCAUACUCACCAUCUUCCUAUGCCACGAGACUGCCGCAACCAGCCCCAGUGGAGCCUUUUUCGUGCCAUCCGUUUAUGGUCAGCAACCUGCACGAGCGCCAUGCUCCGCCCAAGCCUCAAUAUGCCCUAAUUCGAUUCCCUUGGUCUACAAAACCUAUCAAAAAGGACAUUCCGCUCAAGGGAGCCGCGGGGAACAACGGAGGCAGGCAGCGAUUUGGCGGAUCUUAUGCCGGGAAGCAUUCUCGGUACCGAGGUGGACCACGGUCUCGACAGGUGUCCAAAGCACAAGCACAAGCACAUUGA